GUAUUUUGUAUAAUUAAAGAAUCUUAUAAUGGUUUCAAUGCAAUUUGUUUUGCAACCGCUACCUAGCACUGAUGAACAGUUCAUAGAAAGAAUACGAGAGGUGUCCGAUAAAGUGAACCGGUUCGGUUCUGGCACGCACAGAAUAUUUGAGCAAUUAAAAAUUCCUGUGAGAGAAGUGGUUAUUGGACCAAAUCAUAUCGGUGUUCUUCUGGAAGACGGAAAGGCCUUUCGAGUUGCCUUUUCCAUUAUUUCUGAGAAGCUUGAUUUGACUAAAUCGGACAGCAAAUGUGCUUCAACCGGAGGAGCAACAGCAUCAAAUGCGCCAAAAGCACCAUCAUCAUCCCGGCCAAUGGCACGCUCUAGAGCUCGACUACUUCGAGCCACUGGCAGAACAAAUUCAAGCGGACAAGGGUCUGGUUCCAGAAGCACAGGUGUUAUAAUUGGAGGCAGCGCUUCUAAUCGACCCCUUGUAACAGUGCCUGCCACUUAUGUGCCUGAAGAGCUUAUUUCACAAGCCGAAGUAGUGCUACAGGGAAAGAGUCGAAAUCUGAUAAUUAGAGAGCUUCAGCGCACUAAUCUCGACGUUAACUUAGCUGUAAACAAUUUACUCUCACGCGAUGACGAGGAAGCUGAAGAUACUGAAGAGGGUGGGGACAAUUAUGUUCCGGAAGACUUAAUUUCAUUAUUGGACAAUGGUUUUUCAGGGGAUAACAGUAGCGUCAUAAUUGAUCCAUCCGAUGGCCUUUUUUCAGAAGAAAUCUUUAGCAAUUAUUCGAGUAUCAGAAAUUUGCUUUUUGAUCGCAUACGUAGUGAAAGGAGCAAUGCGGGCUCAAGUGGAGUAGAUAAUCAAUCGACCCGCGCUUCGGGGUCUUCGGGUGGCGUUAUAUCAGGUAGUAGUAGCUUAUCCGCUCAAAUAACUUCAGCAAAUGCUGAUCGCGAGGCCUUUAGUCGAUGGCGGGACCGACAAUAUUACGGCCCACGUCGCUGGAUAAAUAAAGAAGAUUACACAUGGGAUAAAGAUUCAGAUACUAAAAAGAAGGAAACUUCCUCAAUACCAUCACCCAUAUGGAUAUCAGAAGAGCUGCAACCAUGGCCCGAUAAGAACACAAUUCGAUUUAAAACUAUUGGAGCUCUAUAUUCCGAAUUUAUAGCUCUAUCGGAAACUGGAGAAUUGCAUCAGUGGCGUUGGUCAGAAUUGGAGCCCCAUAAAUCAGACGCCGACAAUGUUUAUCAUCCAAAGACUAUAACACUAAAUAUUGCUGAAAAAGUUGAGCUUAUGUCAGCGAAUUUUAUAAGAUGCUCCAUUGUCACCGAGUCCAAUCGAGUGGCUACCUGGAUGGACGAGCAACUGGGAUAUCUUGGAGCCAAGCUCGAGCACACUUCGAUAGCUUUUAAUGAGUUCAAUCUAGAUCCCAUUCAAACUAUUCAUGUUUGCUCCCUCUAUACCGCUGUUAGGACAGAUAAUAACAACAUUUAUUGGUGGGGAGUGCUUCCGUUCGACCAACGUCGCUAUUUGUGGGAUAAAUUUCGGACCAAAACAAAAAAACCGUUUAAAAUUGUUACGACUGAUAUAAACGUUGGCUCGCAAGUUAUAAUGAAGAAGUGUCCUAUUUUUCAAAUUGGCUCAAUUGGUUUCACCUGCACUAACGGUGUGCCAAAAGUUGGCCAACUUUUAAACUCCAUAUGGGACUUUACUGACGUUUGUCGCAUGAAAAUUGUUAACGUAGGAUCAACAGUAAGCGCCGAAAAAGCACAAGCUUUGCAAGCAGCUACAACUUUAACUAUCGACAAAGAGGGACCAAAGGCUGCAAAUCUGCAAGCAACAUGCUCAAGCAAAAGUAGUGCUCAAAUUGGCGGAACGACAAGCAAGGAAUCUAACGAUCGUAUUGACAUGCCUCCACCGCCUUCACCAGCAUCAAGUACCUGCAGCGACACAGGCAGCGUCACUUCACAUAAACGCACAAAGCGCAUGACUACUAAAGAGGACAAUAAUUGCCCCGAAAGCAGAAAGGAUGAGGAGCUAUGGCAAUUAAAGGACGUAGUCUUUGUCGAAGAUAAAGUGGGUCCCGUUGGUAAGGUGCUCAAAGUUGAUGGCGACUAUGUAGCUGUCAGAUUUCCAGCUUUAAGCUGCAACACUACUAACAUUAAUAACAAUAGCAAUAGUAAAGAAGAGGGCAAAGAGGAUGACUGGCAACAGUGCCGCCUGCUACGACGUGAAGAUGUUCAAAUCUUUCGCACUGCCGUCUCCGCACGUGGACCAGACUGGCUGCAAAAGCAACCAAAAAAAAUCAAUAUUGGCGCUGACCAAACUGGCGUUCAGCUGCUAACCAUAGCUGUGGAUACGCGUGGUAUUCACGUAAUUAGGAAAGUACACGGAAAAAUUCAUUAUAGCUUAUAUAAUCUGUACAAUAGCAAGCAGGAGCAAAAUUGUCAGUUUCCUACGGACAGCAUGUCAUUCAUUGGCGCCUCUUGUAGCAACAUUACCAUGGCCUGUAACAACGACUGCAAUGGAAACAGCAGCAGUACUAUUGUGCUUAGAGAUGGUAAUGGAGCACUUUAUCCGCUGGCCAAAGACUGCUUGGGCUCAAUUAAAGAUCCACAAUGGUUUGACUUACCGCCGAUUAAAUCUGUAACCAUGGCCACCAUAUCCCUCCCAUCAUCGGCAAGUGGCAACAAUUUAAAGUCCAAGGUAUGCAUGACAGCCUUAUUGUUCGAAAGCCAAAAGCUAAUGCCUCAUGUGUUACGUUGCGAUGUCAAGAAUUGCUUUGCUGUACUUAUGCGUCUGGAGAAGGAAGAGCGUAGGGAGAUUGCAGGGAACUGCACUGCUUCUAUGGUGGUGGAAGAGCGCUGUGAUGGCAGUCGCAACAUUAUCCAUGCCUGUGUUGUCACAUGUGCUCCCACCUCUAACAAGGAUGCCCAUGCUGUAGAUCUGCCUAGCACAAGCUCCGAGGCACAAAAAAAACCAACUGCAGUUGGAAUCUCGCUACCGCGCAGCUCUUCAACGCUGGCCUAUGGCAGUGCAUUUGCUGGUGGUGGUAAUGGAGCUAGUGGUAGCUUUACUGAAACCUCCAGCUUUGCCACAGUCUCUGCCAGCAUCAGCUCAGCAGUAGCUGCUGGCUCACUUAAUCGAGAUAAUCGCAUUAGUCUACGCGACAUGAUGCAUCGUCUGAUUAACACUGAGCAGGCGGAACAAAACAGUCAAGCGACCAAUGCAGCAGGUGAGGACCACUCAUAUAUGCCAGCAGCUUGGUCUGUGGACUCAGCAGCUAGUGCCGCUGCUACAUCAAGCGACAACGUGGAAGAUGACGGUGAGAGAACAAAGUUGCUGCCUAGCUCAUCGUCGUCGUCCUCAGCGCAAAUUAGCGUAACGACUACCGGAAAAAUGGGCUCGCCCAACUAUACAUUUGAUCUUCAACAGCGUCGCGAACACGCAUUAAUGAUACUACAGCACAUGUGCACUAGUCAGGCCUUGCGCCCAUUUCUGUACCAGCUCCUCAGCGCAAAGGAUGCACAAGGUCAGACGCCAUUUAUGCUGGCUGUCUCCUGUCGAGCUUACGAAGCGGGUAUAAUCUUAUUAAACACAAUUUUAACUGUGGCGGAGCAAGAAACACAUCUAAAAGACGCCAUGAUAUUUCCAAGCGGGUCGCCAGCGGAUCAGUCGCCUUUGCAUGUCAUCUGCUACAACGAUACGUGCUCCUUUACUUGGACCGGCGCGGAUCAUAUCAAUCAAAACAUAUUCGAGUGCAAGACAUGCGGGCUAACAGGCUCCUUAUGCUGUUGCACUGAAUGCGCACGUGUCUGCCACAAGGGCCACGACUGCAAGCUAAAGCGCACGGCACCUACGGCGUACUGCGAUUGUUGGGAGAAGUGUAAAUGCAAGGCUUUGAUUGCAGGUAAUCUUACCAAGCGUUUUGCAUUGCUUUGCAAGCUUGUCUCCUGCACGGACCUGGUCACCAAAUUCAACUCGAAAGGCGAAUCAAUAUUGCUCUUUCUCAUACAAACGGUAGGUCGUCAAAUAGUGGAGCAGCGGCAAUAUCGCUUUAAUGUCAGAGUACGUAAUGUCGGCGGCAACAGCGCGGGCAAUGGAAAUAAUCCAGCGUCCAUUACAAAUCGCAAAUCUUCAUCAUUAGAUGCAGACAAUGACAUGCCAGAUCAUGAUUUGGAGCCGCCAAAAUUUGCCAGAAAAGCCUUGGAACGUCUGCUUAUCGAUUGGCAAGCAGUGUGUGCCAUGAUCAUGAGCGGUGCCGAUGAAAGAACUGACGCUGAUCCAUCUGGAGCUGGCACUGAGACUGGCGUUAGUCCAGAGAACUUUAAUUUAUAUAUGAAACAUCAGCAGGGAUCCACAUUGCUUGACAAAUUCACACAUAAUUUAAUUGUCAAGUGCACCACUGAUCAUCUGGAUACGCUUUUAUUGACACUUGUGCGUGAAUUGCAAAACUAUUCUGUUGCCGAGCGUUGUGUUAAAGCUGAGGAAGUUGCACGUCGAUUUGUACGAUCUGUUGCACGUGUUUUUGUAAUUUUUAACUUAGAGAAACAACCAAACCCGGAGAAACGCAAAAGUCACACAAAUUGCAACAAAUAUGUGCAGAGUUGUGUCAAAGUAUUUCAAACAUUGCAUAAAAUAUCUAUCGAAGAGCUGUGCGAAGUAUCUGAAGCACUUAUCGCACCAGUGAGAUUGGGUGUUGUGCGGCCCACGGCGCCCUUUACCAUGUCGUCAUCAAGCCUGGACAAUUCGGAUGACUUAUUCAGCGUUGAACCGCUAGCCCCUUUUAAUAUCGAGUCGUUGUCGACCGAGCAAAUGGCAGGAGGUGCCCACGACGCGGUCAAUAGUCAAAGUUCAAGUUUUAGUGUACAACAGAACUAUGAUGUAGUCGCUAUGGACACGUUACGAGAUACUUCAGAGUCUGAGGAAAUUGCUGGAAAUCGGGAAACCAAUUUAAGCAGUCAUGAUGAAGACUUAAUUGAAAAUCAACGGAAUGAGGAAGGACUGCAAGAUGAGGAAAGUGACAACGACUUCACUUUUAACGACGCUGAAACCGAAUCAGACUCAGAUGACAACCAAAGCCAUCAAGAUACACAGCAACGAAGCGUGCAGACAGGCGCUGCUGUUGGGUCUGAAACUGACAUUGGUGUGCUCUUUUUAGAGGAUGAAUCCGGUGAUUCAUCUGCGCAGGAGGAAGAUGGCUCCGAGGAGAAUGAAUCAGAUGAUCAAUCUGACGAAUUCACUUUUAACGAUCAACAGUUGGAACGACGAAAUAAUCCAAACUCACGGAACGAUCUCACACCACAAACCAUGCAAUGGGCAAUCAGAACCCGAGAGAAUGCAAGAUCAUCUGUUCGUGUGCCAACUGGCUCCAACUUGGUGUUUAUUGAUCCCAUGGCACUUCGUCGUUCGACUGUUCCCUCAACAACAGUUACUACGCCGGCUGUUGAAUCGCACACCAUGGCAACCACUGCUAGUAAUUUGGGUCGUGCUUUUGGCAUCACUAUUCGCCAAAUAUCAGAGCUCUUGGGUAUACUAUCUUAUAACAUAACUAAUGAUAUUGAAACCUCACUAAAAAUUCAUAGCUGCGAAGCAAUAGCUGUGCAGUCUUUUGUGGAGAGACGAUUGAAGCCGACUUGGGACUGGAUGUUUACAGUUAUGGAUGGUACAGAAGCCCAACUGAAGUUUGGUGCAUAUUUGACUAACUACACCGAUCCAACACAUCCCUUGCAUCCUCUUAACCUUAGCUCCCAAGCUACCACAAAUCAGACAUCGACCACACCCUCGACUGCUGCGACCGUGGGUGUUAAUGUUGUUGGAUCGAACUCACGACGAGACUUCUUUACUUAUUGCCUAUCACUGAUGCGCGCACACACAUCGGAGCAUAGGGAUGCUUUACCCGUACUAGAUAUAACUGCGUUGCGUCACAUUGCCUACGUGUUGGAUGCAUUUGUUUAUUAUAUGCGCAAUGACACUGGAUUUUACGAUAAGAAUGAAACUGUAUCCGGUCGUGUCAAUAAUUUGUCCAACACAAUGACAAUGGACAAUGACAAUGAUACUGAUGAUGAAUUAACCAACAUUGAGGACGCGACUUUAGAUAAACAGACAGGAGUUUCUGGCACAAGUCAGCUGCCCACAUCGAAUAUGUGUUUUCGAAAGUAUGCUUUCUUUAAGAGAUCUGACUCAACCCUUAGCUUAGGCUGUUCCGCACCGGAUGAUUUUGAUUUGCCGCUUGAUGUUGCUAUGCCCUUAGCUGACAAGCCCCACCUGCUGCAGCCAAACUCAAAAAGGCAGGAGUUAUUUGCAAAUCUAUCAUUACUUGUAAUUCGCACCGACAAAAGUACAGCUGAUGAAAGCGGUGCCCAAAAGGACACUAUUGACCAACCUCCCACAAGGCUGGGUUUUUCAAAUUUCUUGAAAUCUGGUACAGCUGCAAGUGAAUCCGCUGAAAUAGAAAUGGAUGUCGAUGAUUUGCAAACAACAGAGACAAGCAACUUAUUAUUCAAGGACGAUAAUAGUUCGGAUCCUAAUAUUUUUAUACAAUUAAAAAAAAAACAGUGUUUGGAGGAUAACAAAACCCUUAAAGUUGUGGAAGGUAAUUCAAUCUUUUCUUACAACAUGUGCAAUAAUACUUUUUUUUUUUUAGAUGAUUAUAUUGAUAGCCAGGAUAUCGAAAUGAGUGAUGAUACACCGGGUAACAGCAAACCCUCAGACAUGUUGCAGUCUACACGUCCUGAAGUUAUUAUAGCUCCAAGCAAGGCCCAGGCUCGCCAAGUUGAUAACAUAGAUGAUAUUGCAGGUCAAAGUUCUUCCAGUUCGAUAUCUGCAGUUCGCAGUGUUAUAGUUCGGGCUGGCACAUCCAAUUUGAAAAUUGAAUCCAAUGACAGUAAUUUAUCAAGCAGCAAGAAAUCUCCGUUAGACACAAUUCCGCAGAUUGAACAAACGAAAUGUGAUAAUGGUCAGGACAAAGAGCCAAUCCAGUUCCCUAUACGCGGUUCCUUGUUUUACACGAGGAACUCAAAAAGUUCCGAGCUGCCAUCGUGGAACUUUUUAUUAAGUCGUUGGAAGCUGGCGCUUGAUCUAUUUGGACGCGUGUUCAUGGACGAUGUUGGUAUGGAGCAUGGUUCUGUUUUACCAGAAUUGCGGGGAUUUCCAGUUAAGGAAAUGCGUUUCCGACGUCAUAUGGAGAAACUGCGAAAUGGACAACAGCGCGAUUUAGUCCUUUGCAAGCUGGAACGUAAUCGUGAGAGCUUAAUUAUCCAAACAUUCAAAGAACUUAACGCUCAGUUUGGUACACAAAAUCGUCGUGCACAGCCUCCAAUUACAUUUAAUAGGGUUAAAGUCACUUUCAAAGAUGAACCAGGUGAAGGAUCUGGUGUGGCGCGCAGCUUUUAUACAUCCAUUUCAGAAGCUUUGCUCGCCAGUGCCAAAAUGCCAAAUCUUGAGUCUGUACAGGUCGGCGGUAGCCAUAGUAAGUAUGGUGUGCCCUUUUCGAGCAUACUUAGAAGUCGAACUGUGCCCGGCUCAAGUCGGGAUCUGCCCACUCUACAGAGACGUGGCACAGGCAGCAAAAUAUUAUGGCGUACAGCACGAGAGCGAAAGGCCUUAAAUGCUGAUGCUAGGCCAUACACUCCAGUUUCCAACACAGAUAAUAAUACUGUAGACAGCGCUAACGAUCAUUUGUCUGUACAUCUACAGCAGCUUGGUGAACGACUAUAUCCAAGGAUCCACUCAAUAAAUGCAUCCCAUGCUGCUAAAAUAACUGGCAUGCUUCUGGAGAUACCCACACCCCAGCUUUUAUCGGUUUUGUCUUCUGAUGAGACAUUAAGACAAAAAGUUAAUGAAUCGGUUGAGAUAAUUAUAUCUAAGCAAAAAUCGGAAGCAAAUGCUCAAGCUCAACAAAAGAAAUCUCCUUCGGCAGCAAUUGUUGAACCCAUUGAAGAUGAUAAUGAACCACUGUUUUAUUCUCCGGGUAAAAGAGGCUUUUAUACUCCAAGACAAGGUCUUGCAUCCUUUGAACGUAUUAAUGCAUUUAGAAACAUUGGCAGGCUUAUUGGGCUUUGCCUACUACAAAAUGAAUUGCUACCGCUGUUUCUACAAAGGCAUGUAUUAAAGUACAUGCUAGGUCGGAAGAUUAAAUUCCAUGAUCUUGCAUUUUUCGAUCCGGCUUUAUACGAGUCAUUUAGACAAAUAAUACAAAACGCCCAGACCAAGGAAGGUGAAGGAAACAUAAACCGAAUGGAGCUCAGCUUUGUAAUUGAUUUGAUGAAAGAGGAAGGCUGUGGUAGCCGUGAGCUAAUCCCUGGAGGCCGUGAUAUACCUGUUACGUCCAGUAACAUACUAGAGUACAUCAGGCGAUACACUGAGUACAGACUAAUCAAAUCUCAAGAAAAAGCUCUCGAGGCUUUAAAAGACGGUGUUUUUGACGUUCUGCCUGACAACUGUAUGAAUAGCUUAACUGCUGAAGAUCUACGCUUACUUUUGAAUGGUGUCGGUGAUAUUAAUGUCUCAACAUUAAUUUCGUAUACGACUUUUAAUGACGAAUCAAGUGAGGGUCCAGACAAGCUAUUAAAAUUCAAAAGAUGGUUUUGGAGUAUUGUAGAAAAAAUGAAUACGUUGGAGCGCCAGGACUUGGUAUAUUUCUGGACGGGGUCGCCAGCUUUACCAGCAUCGGAAGAAGGUUUUCAGCCACUGCCAUCUGUGACCAUACGCCCGGCAGAUGACUCUCACCUUCCCACCGCCAAUACUUGUAUAUCUCGUCUUUAUAUACCCUUAUAUUCCAGCAAAUCAAUUUUACGCAGUAAAAUGCUGAUGGCCAUUAAAUCCAAAAACUUUGGAUUUGUUUAAAAGGAUAAAUACAUUUCCUGAUUUUAAACCAUAUUUAUAAUCAGCUACAUAUGUAUGUAAGGACAUCCAUUCCUCAUUUAUUACUUACAAAUAGAGUCCAGAGUGAAGUAAGCAAACGAUUAGGUCAUUCCUAUAUAAAACAACUUGACACAAACCACAUCGGGUUACGAUCGAAAACGUUUGCACGUGUAAAGGCAAGGAUUUGCUUACAUUUUAAACUGAAGGACAUGUAAUAAAACACAAUAUAUAAAUAUGUAAAAUAACCAGGGAAUAAAAUUAUAAUCG